UUUAUUUCGCUCAGCGACACUAAGGGAGAUAACUCUGUUAUGCACACACGGUCAGGUAUCAACAAAAGCGAAGACAUAACAGUGAAACAUGCGGAACGAUUGAAAAGAGCAGGUACUUUGUGGCGAAGAUGGGACGUUAUUCUGAUAGCGAUGAUGAUUAUGAUCUGAAGAAAUCCAAGAAAAAGAAGAGGAGAAAGUCAAGGUCCAGAUCAAGAUCAGCUAGCAGUGGAAGCAGCAGGUACUCCAGUAAGCAUAAAAAGUCAAAGAAGACGAAGCACAAAAAAAGAUCUCGUAGUCGCUCAAGGGAUCGCCCUUUGCGAAGGUCAAGGUCAAGAAGUAGGGGUCGGAGGUCAAGGAGCAGAGAAAGACACAGGUCAAGGUCAAGGAGUCUGGAAAGAAACCGAGACAGAUACAGGUCAAGAAGUAGAGACAGGCAUACUAGGAGAAGAUCCAGGUCAAACUCUAGAAGCAGAGCUCGGAGGUCUAGGUCUGAUUCAAGAAGUAGAGGUCGGAGGUCAAGGUCAGAUUCACGAGGUAGAAGUCGUCGAUCAAGGUCAAGGAGUAGAGGAAGAAGAUCAAGAAGUCCAGAAAAGAAGAAAAACAGAUCCCGCAGAGAGAGCCCAGCUCCCAAAGACAUCCAGGCAGAUAUUCGAGAACAAAUACCUGGAUUUGAUGAUAUGACACCAGGAGAACAAGCUAGUGCCAGAAUGAGACUGGCACUGAAGGCCGCAGCUGCAGCUGAUGAGAAGAUCCGGGAACAGCUGCAGGAAUCAGGGGUGGAGGACACGAUCAGCUUCAACAAAGCUGUUGCCAACAUCGAGGCAGACAAAUUCAAACCAGCAGUGUUCAAGUCUAACAGGGGGGAUAAGAUAAAGACGGAGCCUGCAGAUGAUGGCUACACUACACACGAACAGGCCAUGUUUGGGUCAGGGAAAGUCAACAUUAAGCUGGAUCCUGUCAAACCAGUUUACAUUGAGCCAGACUCAUAUGCUCAUCCUAAUUUGCAUGGAGAUUCCGUGGAAAAGAUGCAGCGGUGGUUGCAGAAGCUGAGUGCCAUGAGGAAGAAGAAACUGGAGGGAGAAGCGUUGUGAGGGUCAACAAGGUGACGGUUGCCGGACACCCAAAGACAUGAGGGGUCACAUGGAGGAGACUGACAUUGGGAAUCUGAAAAUACUGUUAUUACAUAGCCUGUUGAUACCUGUCCUUGUGUAUGAGUGUCAGAUCAUCAUCAUCAUCACCAUCAUCAUAACCAUUGACUAACGGGAUCGAGUGGUCAGGCUCACUGACUUGGUGAUGCAUGUCAUCGUAUCCCAAUUGCGUAGUUUGAUGCUCAUGAUGUCAAUC